AUGAACGACGGGACGAGAGCACUCAGAUAAGAAUAAAGCAUAAAGAUGAAGAAGGAAGACACAGUGAAGCUGAUCAGUGCCGAGGGUUUCGAAUUUGUGGUUGAUAAAGAAGCUGCAAUGGUUUCACAAACCAUUCAUAACAUGCUUACUUCUCCAGGGAGUUUCGCUGAAAGGCAACACGGCGAAGUUACGUUCCCUGAGAUCAGCACCACCAUUCUCGAGAAGAUUUGCCAGUACUUCUAUUGGCAUCUCCAAUUCGCCAGUGGGAAGGAGACGGAAUUUGAUAUUGAACCUGAAUUAACCCUGGAGCUAAUGAUGGCUGCCAAUUACCUCCAUACAUGAGCAUUUUGACUUCCCCAAGGGUGAUAGUUCUUCGUCUUCAUUAUCGAACUAUUGCUCAGUUGGGGGCUUUCAAAAGGAAUGGAGCGUAUUAUUGUGCAUUGGGAAUUGUCUCUUUGCUGGAACUUAUAUGUAAUUUGUAUACUCUAAUGAUUGUUAGACUCAGCUUGCCAGACUCUGAUGUACGAGUGGCUGCUAGAUGAUGUCAGUUGAUUUUGCUGUAUAAACUAACUGAUUGAAGAAAAUGCUAAUUCAAUGGGAAUUUUGCCAUCCGAUAAGGCAAAAUCAUAAUGCUUUAAAAAUAAGAGAUCUGUUAUUG